AUGCUCACUACGGCGGCGGCUACAACGCAGGGCUACCUGCUCAGGCCGGGGACCUUGCCCGCCAUGAGCACGGUGAUUCUUGUCCUUGCCUACGUUUGGCUGUUGUAUACCCGUCAUGGACGUCUACGUCAUGUGCCUGGCCCUUGGCUAUCCAAAGUGUCGAGUCUUCAUUUGGCAUUCCAUGACCUUUCUUACUGCCGGAACGAUGAGAUAUUCAAAUGGCAUCGGCUGUACGGCCCCGUUGUCCGUAUUGCCCCGAAUGAGGUCUCGGUGGCUACGCUGGAAGCAACCAAAGAAAUAUACGGUGCCACUCAUCGAUGGGCAAAGAGCAAUUACUUUGACAAUUUCAUGGGAUACAAUAUGCGGUCCGUGUUUGCGACGAAGCCCUACGAGGAACAUCGUGCCAAGCGCAGGCUGACCUCGGUCUUUUACCAAGCCUCCAAUAUCUACAAACUGCCAGAGAUUGAACAGCAUAUCCAAGAACGCUCCCAGGCCGUUCUAGGCCAGAUCCGUCAUGGUCAGGAAGUUGACGUCUAUAGUCUGACAGACUGGUUUGCGCUCGACAACAUCACCUACCUAGUCCUUGGACCUGACCACUGCACACAUUCGGUGGAGCGAGUCUGUCCGGAACGCGACCUCUUCAUGGAGUUGAAGCAUCUACAGUUCGUUGGACCAUUCCGAGUCCGUUACCCAAAGGUCUUUGCACCUCUUUCGCGACUACUUGGAAAGUUGAAUCCGCGCCUGAAAUAUCUAUUGGCAGAUGAAAAGCUCGCAUCCUGGUGUCAACAACGCAUUUCGACAGCAAUAAAUGACCCUCGAUUGUUCAGCUCGCAUUCUCUGCUUCGAUAUCUACUGGAAAAUCAUGAGGUUCGCGAGGCAAUGCAACCACUUGACCGCCAAUACAUCGCGGCUGAGGUUCUCGACAAUAUUAAUGCUGCCGAAGCCACUGUCGCAGUGACGGCUACAUAUUUGAUCUGGAGAUUGACAGAGGCACCGCAGUGGCAGCGGAGAAUACGCAAAGAGUUGGCUCUCUUGCCGGUGCAGGUGGAUGGCUCUAUAUCCUUCUCCGACAUCGACAGCCGGGUUCCAUCACUGGAGGCUUGCCUACGUGAAGUCUACCGCCUGCACCCAGCUUCCAGUGGACGAGCCGAGCGCAUUGUUCCCGAGGGAGGGCACACCUUUUUGGGGCUUUAUCUCCCAGAAGGCACCAUAGUCACGGCAUCUGUUGUAGCUCUACACCGGGACGAGAAAAUCUUUCCAGAUUCCGAACGCUUUGCUCCCGAGAGAUGGCUUGAGACUGACGAGACGACACUCAAGGUCUGUGAGCCCCAGCUCAUCCCGUUUGGAUACGGGGGGAGGAUCUGCUUGGGGAAAGCGCUUGCCACGAUGGAAAUCAAACUGCUCAUUGCCCAGCUUUAUGAAAAGUACGAGACGGCCAUGACUGCAUCAUCGACGGCAGAGUCGAUGAGGCAGUGCAGCACACAUGACGCGGUACCGAAGGAUUUGGAGUGUGUUGUUCGAUUUCAGAACGUUGAGGAGCAGAUUUAG